CUUCUACUUUGGAAUGAUGAUGGUGUGGUUCCCUCUCACUUGUCAAGUUUUCGUUUUUCAUGUUGUUAGGAGGUGAAUCUGUCGAGGUGUGUAAGCUACAAUCGAAGAAGCAGAAUGAAGCGGAGCGGCCGGAGCUGCGGUGCGGCCGACACAACCUGGAGCUGAACACGCUCAAGACUGUAGAGAUGAUCGUGGACUUCAGGAGGCAUCCUUCGCCACAGCUGCCCCUCACGCUGUCCAGCUGCCUUGUGUCAACCGUCGAGACCUUCAAGUUCCUGGGAAUUACAAUCUCCCAGGACCUGAAGUGGGCGACCGACAUCAACUCCGUCCUCAAAAAGGCCCAGCAGAGGAUGUACUUCCUGCGGCUUCUGAGAAAGCACGGCCUGCCACCGGAGCUGCUGAGACAGUUCUACACAGCGGUCAUCGAAUCGGUCCUCUGUUCUUCCAUCACAGUCUGGUUUGGUGCUGCUACAAAAAAGGACAAACUCCGACUGCAACGGACAAUCAAAACUGCUGAAAGGAUUGUCGGUACCCCCCUACCCACCCUUGAGGACUUGCACGCUGCCAGAACUAAGACAAGGGCGUGCAAAAUCCUCUCGGACCCUCCCCACCCCGGUCACCGGCUCUUCCAGCUCCUUCCCUCAGGUAGGCGCUACCGAUCAAUGCAAACUAGAACUAGUAGACAUUCCAACAGCUUCUUCCCUCUUGCAAUCAACUUCUUGAACAGCUAACUUACAAUUCCAUUACAACAAGCUGGCAAUUUUUUGACUUGAGUUCGUUGUCACAUUUCUGUAUUAUGUAUUACUCGUGCACUCACUGUAGUUGUCUCGCCGUGCUGCACUAUUUGCAUAUAGUGGCCACUCAUGCCAGAGUAGCAUCUGCUCCAUUUGCACACUGAUUGAGGAGUAUCUGUAACAUUUGCACAACCAUUGUCCCAGAUUAUCGCAGUACUCGUCACUUUAAACCGCAUCCACUCCUUGAAGUCUCUUGAAGUGCCCUUUGCACAAUGGUCAUUGCACCGGACUAUUGCGAUAUUAGCCAUUCGAACUGAGGACUCUGCAUCUUUUUGCACAAUUGUUGUUUGUUGUUGUUUUUUGUCAAUGUCUUUAUGUCUCCAAAGUGUUCUGUAAAUUGACUGUCUGUUGUACUAGAGCGGCUCCAACUACCGGAGACAAAUUCCUUGUGUGUUUUGGACAUACUUGGCAAAUAAAGAUGAUUCUGAUCUGAUUCUGA